CCUCUUGCGGCGAAACGUCAUUCUGAUUAUUUUAUUGAUGAGGUAAGACGUGUUGCGUAGGUGUGUUGUUGUUGUUGAAACGUAGGUGUUGUUCAAUGAUGUCGAUUUAGUUUCGAAUUUAAUGUUUACCUGAAAGAUAGUUGGAUAGUAUUUCUUACUAUUACUUGUCAGCCCUCUUUACUUUUCCACUUAAAAAGUUCAAUGAUUUGAGUGUUGUGCAGUCCAGUAAAAAUGGGUGUCCAAUCCGCAUCAGAUUUGACCCCGGAGGAACAGCAAUUAUUAUCGGAUAUACGACGUAGAAAAGAGGAAUUACUACGCGAGAUCCAACAAUUGAAGGAUGAAAUUACUGAAGUCACUGCUGAAAUGGAGAGGUUGGAAGCACAAGAUGAAUGCAAAAGCAAUACUAAAGCAAAACAGCUUUCAACGGGUAAAAAGAAAUUCAAUAUGGACCCGAAAAAAGGAAUCGAAUACUUGAUCGAGCAUGGUCUACUGAAAGACACAGCUGAAGAUGUUGCACAGUUUUUGUACAAAGGAGAAGGUUUAAAUAAGACUGCUAUAGGAGAUUAUCUUGGUGAAAGGAAUGACUUUAAUAUUAAAGUUUUAGAUGCAUUUGUAGAACUGCAUGAUUUCACAGAUCUUAUACUUGUACAGGCUCUAAGACAAUUUUUGUGGAGUUUCCGUCUUCCGGGAGAGGCCCAAAAAAUAGAUCGCAUGAUGGAGAAAUUCGCACAACGAUAUUGUCAAUUGAAUCCUGGUGUUUUUAGUAAUACAGAUACGUGUUAUGUCUUGUCUUUUGCCAUUAUAAUGUUGAAUACUUCUUUACACAAUCCUAGUGUAAAAGAAAAGCCUACUGUAGACACUUUCAUUACAAUGAAUAGGGGUAUAAAUAAUGGUGGAGAUCUUCCCAGAGAACUUCUGGAGGGUCUUUAUGACAGUAUAAAGCAAGAACCUUUCAAAAUUCCUGAAGAUGACGGCAAUGAUCUCAUGCACACGUUCUUCAACCCAGAUAGGGAAGGAUGGUUAUGGAAACAAGGUGGUCGUUAUAAAAGUUGGAAGCGAAGGUGGUUCAUUCUCAACGAUAACUGUUUAUAUUACUUUGAAUAUACUACAGAUAAGGAACCUAGGGGGAUUAUUCCAUUGGAGAAUGUUCAGGUUAGAGAAGUAGCAGACAGGAACAAACCGAACUGCUUUGAACUGUUCUCUGUGGGAAGUGAUCUAAUCAAAGCCUGCAAAACAGACUCAGAGGGGAAAGUAGUGGAGGGAAAGCAUACCGUCUAUAGAAUGUCUGCUGCCACACCAGAAGAGAAAGAUGAUUGGAUCAAGUGUAUUAGGCAAAGCAUUAGUCAUAAUCCAUUCUAUGAUAUGUUGGCUGCACGAAAAAGAAAAGCCCAACAUGUAAAAUAAAUUAUCUUUUAUAUUUGUACAUUUUGUGGAGUUGCCAAGAUUGUAAGCAUGCAUGUACAAUUGUGCUUUGCAAUUUUAAGUGAUAUAUUUGUUCAAAGUCCUCCAAAGAAGUAGCGAAUGAAAAAUAUUGGACUUUGUCAUAUUAUGUAUAUUUGUCUAUUUGUACUAUAAAUGAUUAAAUUGUGUAAAAAAAAGGUAGUUUUCUUUUAUUUAUUCAAAUAAAUGUAUAUAUUUUUAA